AUGUAUGGACAAUAUAACAGAGAUUUAGGUAAAGAAGUGGAUAGGGAGGAGACAUGGUGGUGGCUGAAGAAAGGAGACUUGAAACCUGAGACUGAAGUACUUCUUUGUGCUGCACAAGAACAAGCUCUAAGGACAAAUUAUGUAAAGUUUCACAUAGAUAGAACUGUUGAGUCUCCACUCUGUAGACUUUGUGGGGAAAAGGGAGAGCAUAUAACACACUUGAUAAGUGAAUGCAAGAAGCUAGCACAAAAAGAAUACAAACGAAGACAUGACAAUGUGGCUCGCAUUGUACACUGGAAGCUAUGUGGUUUGUACCAACUAGAGAAAGCUGAAAAAUGGUAUGAACACCAACCAAACGGAGUAAUUGAAUCAGAUAAUGUAAAGAUUCUCUGGGAUUUUAACAUACAGUGCGAUGAUGUGAUUGAAUGUCGAAGACCUGAUAUUGUAGUGGUUUUAAAGAAGGAAAAGGAAUGCAAGAUCAUAGACAUCGCAGUUCCAGGGGACUGUAGAAUUGGUAUAAAAGAAACAGAGAAGGUAGAAAAGUAUGAGGAGUUGAAAAGGGAAAUUCGGAAAAUAUGGGCAAUGAAAAAAGUAGAAGUCAUUCCAAUAGUAGUAAGUGCCUUAGGAGCAGUUAGUAAUAAACUGGAUAAGUGGAUUGAGAAAUUGGGAAUACAUAUAAGAAUAGAACUUCUACAAAAAACAGCAUUGUUAGGGACGGCAAGAAUACUGAGAAGAAGCUUGGAAAGCUAAAAUCUUUGGGACCUGAGGCUACUGGUUGUAGCCAGCUUCCAAGGAAAAACAUAGCCAGCAUAAGAACAAAGCUGUGAAAAAC